AUGGCUUCCUCUGCCUGCACAGUAUGCGGUUCCACACAUUCGAAAGUAGUGGAUGGUUUGAUGUACUGCGAGGAUUUUCGUGAAGUUGAAGAGGAUGAAGAUCAAGCGGCUACAGGUUUCGAGAGAAUCAAAACUAAGAAGGUCAAGAAGAUACAGGACAAAAGCAUUGCCAAGUCUGAUGUCGCUUUAGGAUUAGCAACUGGCCAGGCUACCACCUCCAAGAAACGGAAGGGCGAUGAUCUUCGACACCUGUACUUGCCAAAAGACGUCAGGGAUGAAAAGCAGAAAGCCAGCAGGUUGAGGAAGGACAUCACUACAGGACGAGAGCACGCUCCAUCCUAUCUACGAUCUGUUGGCAAAAGACUCGCUGCAUUCACCAAAAUUUUAGCUAAAGGCGUAGCUUGGCUAAAACAAGACCCUGCAAUACCAGAGAAUCUUACUGUAGGAUUAGCAACUGGCCAGGCUACGACCUCCAAGAAGCGGAAGGGUGAUGAUCUUCGACACCUGUACUUGCCAAAGGACGUCAGGGAUGAAAAGCAGAAAGCCAGCAGGUUGAGGAAGGACAUCACUACAGGACGAGAGCACGCUCCAUCCUAUCUACGAUCUGUCGGCAAAAGACUCGCUGCAUUUACUAAAAUUUUAGCUAAAGGCGUAGCUUGGCUUAAACAGGAUCCUGCAAUUCCAGAGAACCUUACUGACCACACAUUUGCCAUAUAUCAACGUUAUCUGUCGGCAUGCAACGUUGCCUUCACACUCAACGAUUAUACCGAAGACUUAGAAGCGAUGUUUCGAGCCUUAGACCACACAUUUGCCAUAUAUCAACGUUAUCUUUCGGCAUGCAACGUUGCUUUCACCCUCAACGACUAUACCGAAGACUUAGAAGUGAUGUUUCGAGCCCUAGUUAUAAAUAAAAAUGCAGCAUUUGAGAAAGCUCGUGAGAAGAAGGCCAAGAUAGAACAGAGGAAGAAGAAAGGAAAGGAAAUCCUGCAGAAGUCAGUGACUGCUUGGGAUCUGCUCAUGAGUGACACCUUAAAUGAAAAUUUGGAACUUCGUUCCGAUGCUGAGCUGUCUGAGGAUGAUGAGCAGAACGAGGAGACUGCUGGAACUACAGCGGCGCCGAAAAGACCACAGACGGUUACAGUUGUGGACACUACCAUACCCAAAGAGGUAUUGGAAAAUGCCAGUACUAUAUAUCUUGCCAUGGAUGUUGUGGUUGCUAUAUUGUAUGUGUCUGUAGUUACUAUUGGCUGUCGGUGGAUCAUUCUUUCUGACAUCAUAAGAUGGGUAAGAGAGGAUAGAAUGGGGAUUGCUCUGUUUCAAAGAGUAGUUCUCGAAUAUGGAGGUGUACAAGGAGGGAAGAGGUCAAACUGUGGCUCUUUCCCAAAUAUGGAUGAUGAGCAGAACGAGGAGACUGCUGGAACUACAACGGCGCCGAAAAGACCGCAGACGGUUACAGUUGUGGACACUACCAUACCCAAAGAGGUAUUGGAAAAUGAUCUUCCACUCUAUGAAUUUCAACGCACUGCAUUGUUCAUAUGGCAAAUCUGCCAUUUACCGCCGACGCCUGUUAAAAUUGACUUCAAACAGAUUGUAGCACGGUGCCUUUAUCAUUUGAAUCUUCCUGAAGCCAUGUUUGAGCGUGUUAUGGUUCUCUUGAAGAUUGCACCUCCAUGCAAACGUCUCGAUGAAGAGAAUUUAAGAAGACAAGGCCGAAUUGAGCAGAUUGUAGCACGGUGCCUUUAUCAUUUGAAUCUUCCCGAAGCCAUGUUUGAGCGUGUUAUGGUGCUCUUGAAGAUUGCACCUCCAUGCAAACGUCUCGAUGAAGAUAGUUUGAGAAGACAAGGCCGAAUCGAGCAGACAAAAGUGUUUGCUUUCAUCCUGAUGGCACUAAAGUUGUCCUUUGGUUUGGAUGACAAGAAAGAAAUAGCUUUAUCCAAAAAGGCUGGGAAAAAUGAGAAUAUGUUCAGUUUCAUGGAAUGGUUCUAUCAACUCAAAAUGCGAAUAAUGUUCUGGGAGGGAUAUGAUCCAGUGGACAUCCUUCAGACUUGGAAACCGGUACAACCAUUGUUUUAUGACAACGAGUUUCCUCGAGAGGAUAAUAUGCGUUUGUGA